GUGACUUCUGUGAUGUGAACCACUGUCAGAAUGGGGGCACCUGCCUGACCGGGAUUAAUGAGACCCCCUUCUUCUGCAUCUGCCCCGACGGCUACGUUGGGAUUGACUGCAAUGAGACGGAGAAAGGCCCCUGCCACCCCAAUCCUUGCCACAACAACGGCGAGUGCCAGCUGGUCCCAAACCGGGGGGACGUCUUUACCGACUACAUCUGCAAGUGCCCUGCGGGGUAUGAUGGGGUGCACUGCCAGAACAACAAGAAUGAGUGCCACUCCCAGCCUUGCAAAAAUGGAGGCACCUGUCUGGACCUGGACAGCGACUACACCUGCAAGUGUCCUUCUCCAUUCUUGGGGAAGACCUGCCAUGUCCGCUGUGCCGUUCUCCUGGGCAUGGAAGGAGGAGCCAUCUCUGAUGCCCAGCUCUCUGCGUCCUCUGUCUAUUUCGGCUUCCUCGGCCUCCAGCGCUGGGGGCCAGAGCUUGCCCGCCUCAACAACCAUGGCAUCGUCAACGCCUGGACCUCCAGCAACUACGACAAGAGCCCCUGGAUCCAGGCCAACCUGCUGCGGAAGAUGCGGCUGAGCGGGAUCAUCACGCAAGGCGCUCGCCGCGUGGGCCAGCAGGAGUACGUCCGCGCCUACAAAGUCGCCUACAGCCUGGAUGGGCGCGAGUUCACCUUCUGCAAGGACGAGAAGCAGGAUGUGGACAAGAUUUUCCAGGGGAACAUGGACUACGGCACCAUGCAGACCAACAUGUUCAACCCUCCCAUCACCGCCCAGUUCAUCCGCAUCUAUCCCGUGAUGUGCCGCCGCGCCUGCACGCUGCGCUUUGAACUCAUCGGCUGCGAGAUGAAUGUGUAUUUCAACACGGCAGGUUGCUCGGAGCCUCUGGGCAUGAAAUCCCGCCUGAUCUCCGACCAGCAGAUCACAGCCUCCAGCGUCUUCAAGACCUGGGGCAUCGACGCCUUUACCUGGCACCCCCAUUACGCUCGCCUGGACAAGACGGGCAAAACCAACGCCUGGACGGCACUCCACAACGGCCAGUCCGAGUGGCUGGCGAUUGACCUCCGGGACCAGAAGAAGGUGACGGGCGUCAUCACGCAAGGAGCCCGUGACUUCGGGCACAUCCAGUACGUGGCAGCCUACAAGGUGGCCUACAGCGACAACGGCACGUCCUGGACCCUCUACCAGGAUAGCCAGACAAACACCACCAAGAUCUUCCAUGGUAACAGUGACAACUACUCACACAAGAAGAACGUGUUUGACGUGCCCUUCUACGCUCGCUUCGUCCGCAUCCUGCCCGUGGCCUGGCACAAUCGCAUCACCCUGCGCGUGGAGCUGCUGGGCUGCGAUGAGUAG